AUGGCGACAAGCGAGAAUAUUUCGAAUGGAAAGAUCGACAUCAAAGGAAGUGCAGAAAAUGAGAUUGAUAUUGAGAGGAUUGCAACUUCAGCAACUGAGCAACAUGGAGUUUCAAAAGAGAUCCCCACUGCGGAUACCGCUGGGUUCCAUCGGUCUCUCACUAGACGAAAGGUUAUGAUGAUGACCUUUGGUGCUGGGAUUGGGACAGGUCUAUGGGUGGGAACAGGACAGGCGCUAUACUACGCUGGCCCUGCGGGAGUCGCCUUGACCUAUACUUUGACUGCAAUGAUCGUUUAUGCCCAAUAUUGUUCGAUUGGUGAGAUGAUCACAUACAAGCCAAUCCAUGGAGGAUUUAUCCGAAUGUGCAUGGAAUAUGUGGAUCCUGCACUGGGUUUCGCCAUUGGAAUCAAUUUUUGGUUUUCACGAAUCAAAAAGUGGGUGAUGAUAAUUCCAGCAGAAAUCACAGCCGCAGUGUCGGUCUUGAAAUUCUGGCCAGCAACCGAUGCUCUUCCUCUCGCUGUAUACAUAACGAUUUUCUUGGUGGUUAUAGCCCUCGCUAAUCUUUUCCACGUCCGAAUCUACGGCUACAUUGAGUACUAUAUGUCAUUCAUCAAAUGUGCCGCAAUUAUAUUGAUGAUCUUUUUCCUUUUCAUCAUGACAUCUGGAGGAAUUCCCGCUACUCAUGGCCCCAUUGAGUUUCGUUACUGGAAAAAUCCCGGUGCUUUUAAGAAUGGAAUGAAAGGAAUUGCAAAAGCUUUUGUGCAAGCCGCAUUUAGUUUUGGUGGUGGUGAACAUAUUGCCGUUAUUGCCGGGGAAGUAAAGAACCCUCGACAAACCAUCAAGAAAACGAUUCGUCCAGUCUUCUGGCGCAUGUUCACCUUCUUUGUUGUGAACAUUUGGCUCGUGGGGAUGUGCGUACCGUCCGAUGACACCGACCUGGCCACUACUAGCGGAACUCUGGGAAGUCCCUUCGUUAUCGCAAUCAAGCGGGCAAAUGUUUAUGGACUGGCACAUGCGAUAAACGGAUUCAUAUUUCUCAGUGUUAUUAGCUGUGGUAUCACCAGUGCUUACGUGGCAAGUCGAAGCCUAACAGCGCUGGCGGACCUGAAUAUUAUCCACCCUUUCUUUGGUCGAAAGGAUACACAGGGUAGGCCAUAUGUGUCCUUGGCCAUCAGCCUACUACUUGGCGGAGGUCUUUGCUAUCUCAAUUGCGACAGUAUUGGCACUGUUGCCUAUAACUGGUUUUCUUCUCUGGUCGCUAUCGCAACCCUCUUUGAAUGGUCUGGGUGCUAUAUCUCCCAUCUUCGAUUCAGACAGGGACUUAAGACCCAAGGCAAGGAUCUCAGCAAGUUGCCGUUCAAAGGACUACUUACGCCCUGGGCGCAGUACUUCAGUCUUAUCAUAGUGGUUUUCAUUUUUGGAUGUGAAUUUUAUCUAUCGUGCUGGCCAUUCGGAGAAAAAGGGUCUGCGAAGACAUUCUUUUCCACUUAUCUUGCUGCUCCCUUGUUUGUAUUUGAUUACUUCGUAUACAAGUUCUAUUUCAAAACAAAGAUUGUAAAGUACACAGAGAUGGACUUCUCCGCAGCGCAGUAUUUUGACGAAGAAGAUCGCCUCAAUGACACGGGCGACCAAGAGAAAUCAAGUUCCAAGACAGAAUGGCUCAAACGCAUUCGAUAUAUGAUAUUUGGGUAG